AUGUUUUACGGAAAAGUAAUAAAAGCAGGUGAAACUGUAAUCCCCGAAGUUAAAGAUGGAUAUUCAGUUAUUCACCUUUCAAGAGCAUGUUUGAAUAAUCCUAAGGAAGAAGGAAAGAUAUAUGUACAAGUAGAAGAUAGUAAAGGAUGCUACAAUAUUUGUUGUUUACAAAAGAAUGUUUGCGAAGAUACUUCAUUAGAUAUUUUUUUGAUGUUAGAUAAUGAUGUGAAAAUUAAGACUAGUGGUAGCAAAAAUGAAGUUCAUAUUGUUGGUUAUUACGAAGUGUCAUUUGGACAAGAUAACAUAGAUGAAGAUGAGGAUGAAUUUGAAGAUGAAGAUGAAUAUGAAAAUGAAGAAGUUAGAAUGUUAACAAAAAAAAAUACAUUAAAAAAUUCUCUAUCCAAUGGUAAUGCUAAAAAAAAAAAAGAUGUUGAAGAUAACGAAGAUGAUGAAACAAAUGUAGGAAAAAAUGAUGACGAUGAUGAUGACGAUGAUGAUGAUGAAGAUGAUGAAGAUGAAAAAGAAAAAGAUGACGAUGAUGAAGAUGAUGAAGAUGAUGAAGAGGAUGAAGAAGAUGAUGAUGGUGAUGAUAAAGAUGAUGAAGAUGAAGAUGACGAUGAUGAAGAUGAUGAAGAUGAAGGUGAUGAUGAUGAAGAUGAUGAGGAUGCAGAAGAUGCUGAUGAAAAAGAUGAUGAUGAAGAUGAUGAAGAAGUUGCAAAAAGUAAUAAAGGAGAUAAAAAAAAAAAUGAACAAAAAAAAAAUGUAGGCAAUAAAAAUAAAAGAGCUUUAGAUAAUAAAAAUGAUGGCCCAUCAAAAAAAUCAAAGUUAGAUGAUGAGAGUCAAUAUGAAAAAGAUCUUGUAGCAUAUUUAAAAAAAAAUGGAAAGAGUAAAUUAACUGAAUUAGGAAAAGUAAAAAGACCUGAAAGUGUAAAGGUUAAAUUAGGAUUUUUUAUAAAAAAAAGAACUAACGUUUUUAAAUUUGAUAAAGAUGGACAAACAGUAUCAUUAAAAUAA